AUGCUCUCACGUGUUGCUGCAGUGAAGGCACCCCGCACACACAACCGUCGCUGCGUGACCGGAUCCAGCGGAAGGAGGAGGGAAGGGAGAGAGAGUGAGCCGCAGAGGCCCAACAUGUCCCGGCAUCUCUUUUAUUCAGUGGUGCUGCUCCUCCUCCUCGUGAUGAUGUGCUGCGGUAAAGGAGGUGCAUCCAGUAAGGAGAAGUCGCCAGCACAGAUACCUCCACCAAAGACAUAUUUUGAUUGGAGGGAUGCGAAAGAUGGAGAAACGGUGAGUUUGCUACGUGUUCCCAGUCUUGUUGAGAUGGAUGGUGAUGUGUUUGCCGUUGCCGAGGCGCAGUGCACGGGAAAAAAAGAUACUGGUGAAGGCAGUUUUACUGGGAUUGCCUCGGGACUCCUGACGUUGACUGGCGAAAACCCAAAAGAGGAGUUGGAUAAAACUAAACUGAAGACACAAGUACUGGAGGAAUGUCCUGUUGAAGGUGGCAAUUGCCCCUCCCAAAACGCUGCUAACGAAGGUGUUUCCCAAAGCGAAACGAAAGUACAUGUGAGCCGGCCAACAACGGUUGUGGAGGGAGGCGAUAUUUACAUGCUUGCUGGGAAAUACAGCAAUAAAGGUGCCUCUGAUGAUCAGGCAGGUGACUGGGGACUUUUGCUGGUGAGAGGGAACGUCAGUGGUAAGGAAAGAAAGGACAAAAGAAUUUAUUGGAGAGAUACUUACGGUCUCCCGUGGGCAUUUUUUGUAAAACAACACGAAUCCUUGACACGGCUGAUUGGAAGCGGUGGAUCGGGUGUUAAGAUGAAGGACGGUCCGUUUGUGUUCCCAGUGGAAGGGAUGAAGAACAAUGGGAAGACCGUUUCGCUGAUUAUAUAUUCCUCAGACAUUGCGAGUUGGAAGCUGUCGAAGAAGACGUCCGCCGACGGCUGCAGUAAUCCCUCCGUCGUGGAGUGGGAGAAGGGGAAACUCAUGAUGAUGACUGCGUGUGAUGAUGGCCGCCGCAGGGUGUACGAGUCCGGUGACAAGGGGGAUUCGUGGACGGAGACACUCGGGACGCUCUCGCGCGUGUGGGGCAACAAAAAGGAACGGAUAAAACGUGUUGGGAGCGGGUUCAUCACAGCGACGAUUGAUAACAAGAAGAAUGUGAUGCUUGUUACUCUGCCGGUGUAUUCCAAGAAGGCUGAGAAAGAUAACAAAAACAAUGAAAAAGGUGAACUUCGUCUUUGGCUGACGGACAAUACGCACAUUGUCGAUAUUGGGCCGGUAUCGGGUGAGGAAGAAGCCGUUGCCGCCAGCUCCCUGUUGUACAAAAGUGCUGGAGGUGGAGAUACUAAUAAUGAGGAGUUGAUUGCACUGUACGAGAAGAAAAGGGGCAAUGAAGAAUCAUCUUACGGUAUGGUCUCAGUGCGUCUGACUGCGCAGCUGGAGCGGGUGAAGGAGGUGCUGAAGACGUGGAAGAAAGUGGACGAACGUGUCUCCCAGAUGUGCAUCAUUCCAAGUGCUGCGCAGGAUCUUUCAACUGACACUGCCUGCAGCGCUGAUAAGAUCGCGGAUGGGCUGGUUGGCUUUUUGUCCGGCAACUUCUCUGGGAAGACGUGGAGGGACGAGUACCUCGGGGUGAACGCCACAGUAACGGGUGCUGCAACAAAGGCAGCAGGGCCUGUCGACGGCGUGACGUUCAAAGGUCUUGGCGCAGGAGCGGAGUGGCCCGUUGGCAGGCAGGGGGAGAAUCAGCUGUACCACUUUGCGAACUACAACUUCACUCUUGUGGCGACGGUGUCCAUCGACGGUGAGCCAGAGGGAGAUACCCCCAUUCCUUUGAUGGGUGUGAAGAUGAAUGGCGAUGAAGGAGGAUCCAAACUUAUGGAGUUCUCGUACAGCAGCGAAAAGAAGUGGAAAUUGCUUUGUAGUGGUAAGACAACUACGGAGCACAGCAGGACUUGGAUCCAGAGACAACACACCAGGUG